CGGGGGAAGGAGAAGGUAGAAGGUGCUUCGCUAUGGUGGAUGGGUGCGGGAGAUGGAGGAGGAAGAAGGUGGGAGGCGCUUGGCUAUGGUGGGCAGGUGUGCGGGAUGGAGGAAGAAGAAGGUGUGGGGUGCUUGGCUAUGGUGGACGGGUGUGGGAGAUGGAGGAAGAAGGUGGGAGGUGCUUGGCUACGGUGGACGGGUGUGGGAGAUGGAGGAGGAGGAGGGAGGUGGGAGGUGUUUGGCUAUGGUGGACGGGUGUGGGAGAUGGAGGAGGAAGAAGGCGUGUGGUGCUUGGCUAUGGAGGAUGGGUGUGGGAGAUGGAAGAGGAAGAAGGCGUGGGGUGUUCGGCUAUGGUGGACGGGUGUGGCAGACGGAGGAGGAAGGAGGUGGGAGGUGCUUGGCUAUGGUGGACGGGUGUGGGAGAUGGAGGAGGAAGACGGCGCGGGGUGCUUGGCUAUGGUGGAUGGAUGUGGGAGAUGGAGGAGGAAGAAGGCGUGGGGUGCUCGACUAUGGUGGAUGGACGUGGGAGAUGGAGGAGGAAGAAGGCGUGGGGUGCUUGGCUAUGGUGGACGGGUGUGGGAGACGGAGGAGGAAGAAGGUGGGAGGUGCUUGGCUACGGNGGAGGAAGAAGGCGUGGGGUGCUUGGCUAUGGUGGACGGGUGUGGGAGACGGAGGAGGAAGAAGGUGGGAGGUGCUUGGCUACGGUGGGCGGGUGUGGGAGAUGGAGGAAGAAGGCGUGGGGUGCUUGGCUAUGGUGGACGGGUGUGGGAGACGGAGGAGGAAGAAGGUGGGAGGUGCUUGGCUANUGUGGGAGACGGAGGAGGAAGAAGGUGGGAGGUGCUUGGCUAUGGUCGGCGGGUGUGGGAGAUGGAGGAGGAAGAAGGCGUGGGGUGCUUGGCUGUGGUGGAUGGAUGUGGGAGAUGGAGGAGGAAGAAGGUGUGGGGUACUUGGCUAUGGUGGAUGGACAUGGGAGAUGGAAGGAGGAAGAAGGUGUGGGGUGCUUAGCUAUGGUGGACGGGUGUGGGAGACGGAGGAGGGAGAAGGUGGGAGGUGCUUGGCUAUGGUGGGCGGGUGUGGGAGAUGGAAGGGGAAGAAGAAGGUGUGGGUAUAGUGUCGCCUUGUUUGCCCACAAAUCCGAGACUCUCCCUAUCUACCACCUAUGCUCCUAUCACUACCUCAACCAAGAGCCCCCGGUUCGUACCCCACAUC